UAGGCGGCGUUGGUUAUUAUAUUUAGAGGAAGAAGAUGAAGUUGAAUGGAACGGGAAGUGAAAGUUGAAUACACAAUAUCUAAAUAAUCGAAUAGAUACAUUCAGUUUAAACGGAGAUUCAACAACGAAACCGUAAUUCAUAGAAUCCUUUAAUUGACUUCGAUAUAUAUUUCGUCACAUCAGUAAUGUGUUCUGCCAAUGUUUGGAUUUUUGCAAAAGGUUAACAUGUGAAUGAAAAUGGAUUCGAACCACACCUGGUUGAUGAACCACAUUUGCAAAGGGAACGACUACGCCUUUUGGCUGGUUGCCUCUGGGUGCCUUGUUGUUGGCGUUCUGAUUGGAUUAUUAGCAAUGGGAAUCACUUGCAGGAUUAAAUCCAAAAGGAGCGGAACAGGCAACUGUCAACUGAGGUCAUCAAAGGGGACGUUUUAUUUUGAUGAUAAUAUCGACUUGUCUAGGAAACCCACUGAAUUCAACGCCACUUCUAACUUUUACAUCCAAGAUAUCACCAAUGAUUCAUCUACAAGUUCUCAACCAGGUUAUGAGAACCAAAGACAUAGAAAACUUAAACCUCCACCAGAAGUGCCAAAACCGGAAAUUGAAGAAUCGGAUGAUGAUCAAGCAGAAGCAGACGAUUACAUUAAAAUGGUGCAGCCCAAGGGAAGCUUACAUCGAGGAAAUUCGAAACAACGGUCUGCAUCUACGCAGCCCGGUGGAACAGCAAUGUAUAUAUCUAUGUAGUGAAAACAAUUACGUAAAUAUUGAUGUAAUGUGGAGAGAGAGAGAAAGAGAGAGAGAGAGAGAGAGAUAGAGAGAGAGAUAAUGUGUAUUUUUUAUGACUGUCUUUCAUUAUAAUGAUUAAAAAAAAUAAUUUUCAUCGAACAUUUUGAAAAUUUGUCCCUGCUGAUGUGGAUUUCUCGAUAUAAACAUGUUUCAAAAAUAUCUUUAUUUAUUUGUGUUAAUGUUUAGAAAACAUAAGGACAUUGUACAUUGUAUUUAACAGUUGUUGUCUCAAUAUACCGUUUUUGGAUAAUUGACUUUCAAAAUUUCUAAACCAGGAUGCAAAUGUUGAAUACUUUGAAUUGCAAAAGUUUGAAUGAAAACGGGAAAUUAUAUGUUAGAUUUUAACCAAGGAAAUAAAAAUACGGAAAAAAUAUAAUAGAAAUACUUGAAAAAUUGAGAUUGUGUUUCAUGUUACAUGUACACAUUGAAACACAACUAAUUAUAAUGAAUGGUAAUCUCUAUAGCCUUUUAUAUAUUGUAAUGUAGUUCUGAAAAAAAUUUAAAUCCUUCGUUCUAUUCUAAUGGAAAUGAUGAUGCUUUACUUUCAUACUGUAUGAUAUUUGAAAAAAUUAUUUUCACUAACUCUUAAUAGAUAAGAAUGUACAUGUUGGGUUAGCCUGA